ACUGAUGCCAUCUCUGGUUACACUGUUCGAGGCCAAAAACAAAAAAUUAUAAUAAUUAAAAGUUUAAGCAAAAGAUAGCCAUGGCCCACGACCGCGAGGUGUUGCGCAUGAUAUGGGAGGGUCAGAUUGGCAUCUGCUUCCAAGCUGACCGCGACGAGAUAGUGGGCAUCAGGCCAGAGCCCUUCUACCUGAUGGUCUCCCGCCUCAGCUACUUGCCGCUGGUCACCGAUAAGGUGCGAAAGUACUUCACCCGCUACAUUGCCGCCGAGCAUCAGGAUGGUGCUGUCUGGUUCGACUACAAUGGCAUACCGCUGCGACUGCACUAUCCAACUGGUGUGCUCUACGAUCUGCUGCAUCCGGAGGAGGACUGCACGCCCUGGGGUCUGACAAUACACUUUUCCAAAUUCCCGGAGGACACGCUGGUCAAAAUGAAUUCAAAGGAGCUGUUGGAAUCGCACUACAUGUCCUGCUUGAAGGAGGCUGAUGUGCUGAAGCAUCGCGGUCUGGUCAUCUCGGCCAUGCAAAAGAAAGACCACAAUCAGCUUUGGCUGGGCCUUAUCAAUGAUAAGUUCGAUCAGUUUUGGGCCGUCAACAGACGACUCAUGGAGCCGUACGGCGACCAGGAGUCCUUCAAAAACAUUCCCGUUCGCCUCUACAACGAUGAUGAUUUCACGUACACGCAAAAACUGAUCUCGCCCAUAAGCGAAAGUGGACAAAAGAAGAGCCUCGCCGACCUGAUGGCCGAAUUAUCAACACCUGAACGCAAAGCGGUUGGAUUUCGCACCCAUGGAAUCGAUCUGCACGAGGAGACACAGGUGCAAUGGAUGUCCGAGCACCUGAGCUAUCCAGACAAUUUUCUGCAUUUAUCUGUGGACUACAAGGAUGUCUAGCCAUAACUUUUCCUCUUUGUGUGUGUGUGUGUGUGUGUAUAUACUCGAACUCGUAUUGUCCCAGUCCAUAUAUUUAUGUAUGUUUAUGGUGUUUUUUUUUCACCCAUAUUCGAUUCCAGCGUUCCCAGGGCGAUCGAAUGCGAUCGAUUUAUAUAGUAAUUUGUACACAUAUACAUAUGUAUACACCUCCAUAUAUGUAUAGUUUUCUAAGCAAAAAGUGUGUAAUAUUUAUGACCCUAGCAUUUAAUGAAAGCCACAAACAAUAAGCAACCGAAAACCAAAACGAUUACUGCAA